CUCACUUCUCUUGUCCGAUCAAGUCAUACUUCUUCUUCCUCGAUUCGUCUUCACCAUCACAUUCUCUCUAAAUUUGGCCAUCUCUUGAUCUUUUCUUGUUUAAUUGUAUGGUAAAUUAUAUGUUUGCUUAGUGAGAACUUUAUACGGAAAUGCUUAGAGGCUUCUCCAUCAAAUGAAAGAAGACCUUCACUCAUAGUUGUUUCCACGAGAGUUCCUCAUAUUAAAACCAACAAGCGAGAGUCUCUGUAAUAAUCUUCAGAUAAGGAAUACUUCUUGUAUUGAGCUUCUUACAAAUAUAAAACUUUCAUUAACGUUUUGGAGUUGGCUUCUGAUCUUCUCCAUCAACAUUCAACAAUGGCAAUGAAGAUGAAGGGAAUAUACAAAAGCUUCAAAUCCAUAAUGUUUGUUGGGAAAGAAAGAGAUUUGGAAAUUGGGCACCCAACAGAAGUAAAACAUGUGGCCCAUAUUGGUUGGGGCUCCUCUGGCAGUGAUCCUGGUUGGAUGAGUGACUUUAAGGCAGGAGCAGAGUUUUUAUCUCCAAGAACAUCAUCUUUCAGUCAUACAAGACAUUCAGAUUCUUUCUUCACCACUUCUGAUUCCACUGAAUUCGAUCAGGACCAACUGAAUAUAUCAGAUAGGAUAAGAGAUGUGCCUCCUAUACCAGUAGGUCUAUCCAAGAUUCAUACUAAGAGCAAGAAUAGGAGAAAGAAACCAUCUUCGACGUCAUCACCAAGAUCCAGACCAUCUCCAAAAUCUUCGAGAUCAAUGGGUUUAUCGAAGUCAUCACAUAAAUCAAUGGUGUCUCGGUUAAACUCUAAUGCAUAAUUAGAGUGAACUAAAAAGUACAAUGAAUAUACGAAAAUCAAAAGCUUGUUCAUUGUGCAAAAGAUUUUUUUUUUUUUUUUUGUAGUUCUCGUGAUUUUCUUUUUUUCUAAGUGUUUGAUUCGUAGUUCUUUUUUUCCGUAGUUCUCAUAUAUCGAAAAGUUCUAUGUACAUUGUAGAAAGACGUAAAAAAAUAAAUUAUUUUUUGUG